GUAAAAGGAGCUAUCAGCCAGUCUCCUGGCCAAGGUGUCCGCUUUCGGCAGCUAGCUGUUGUUUUCACCUUUAGUUUUAAUUGAAAGCUUUUAAUACUAAAUUACACUUAACAUCUCUGGACACUGUGUCGCCAUGAAGGGAAGCAGAGUUUUAGUGGUUGUCUUGGUGCUUUCUGUCAGCCUGCUGUGCCCAGCCGUAGCGGGCAGGGGCAGGAGCGGCGGCAGCAACCAGAACAGCUUCAGGCGGGCAGCUAACGGGAUCUACCAGACCCUGAGCAGCGUGUUUGGAGAGGAGAACAUCCGAGCUCUGUACAAGUUUUUCUCCAAAGCAACAGAGCGGUUCGUGCACGGAGUGGACUCUUUCAUGGACACCAUCUGGAAGAUCUGGUCAGAUCUGCUCGAUGUGAUGGGCAUUGAUUCCUCAAACCUCAGCCACUACUUCAGCCUCACUUCUCUAACCAACACCCCAGCGCGUGCCUUGCUCCUGGUCGCUGCCGUGUUAUUGGCCUACUGGUUCCUAUCCAUGUUUCUGGGGGGGUUGUUUUAUUUGCUGCAUGCCAUUUUCGGACGCUUCUUUUGGCUGGCAAGGGUCAUACUCUUCGCCCUGUCCUGCCUCUACAUCCUGCAGAAAUUCGAGGGCGACCCAGAGCGGGCCGUGCUGCCGCUGUGCUUCAUCAUGGCGGUGUACUUCAUGACGGGGCCAGUGGGGGCGUACUGGCGUCGCGGAGGCGGGGCGGGCUCGCUCGAGGAGAAAAUCGACCACUUGGACACUCAGAUCAGGCUGCUCAACAUCAGGCUGAGCCGAGUCAUAGACAGCCUGGAGCACAACGGGGAGCAGUAGAGUUGCAGCUGGAAGGAUUAUUGUCGGAGUUAGACCACAUGUAUUUGUUAAUUUGCUUUCCUGAGCUCACCUUCAGGAAAACAGGCACCAGGUAUUUAUAACUCUACUGGGUUUUAAAGCUUGAGUUGGUUGUGGAGAGAUUAAUGUAGAAUUCCUAAAAGAAAUAAGACACAACCAAAGCAAACAUCUUCUUAGAUUUUGGGUAAAUAUAUAAAAAGGAGGAUUUUUGUAAAUCUAAAGAAGUUAUGUAAGCUAUCUCCGUUCUUCAUCUCAGCAACUUAUAAAAGUUACGUAUUUCUCUUAUUAAAGCACCAAUUGCUUAAUACAUAAACAUAUUUUGAGCUUAUAAAACCUUAGUAGACUUAAACAAUUUUGAAGAUGGUGUAUAUUUGCCCAGAGUGAGAUUGAUUUAUUUAUUUUCUCCAAAUAUUCUUCAGAUUGGCGACCAUUCUUUGGUGAAGGUGAUGUCAGGACCUUUUUUCCUUUUUUUUUUUCUUGUGCGUAAGUACAUGGGUCAACGCCUCAGUGCCCUGCUUCGUUGCGUAUGUGGAGGUAGUCGACCAUGAAAAUUUGGGAAACACUGUAACUGAAUUUGCAUUCAGAUGUGGAAACCAUACAGAGAGCCAGCAAUAUCUCAGGGACUCACUCCACACCUAACGAAAUAUGAGUGCUAGUGUAAUAUUUGGUCUCUUCACUGUUCUGUUUGGGUGUUUUUUUUUGUCAAGUUUAAUUUAUGCAUGCCGUCCUCAUACAUUUUCAGCUUUUAUCGUUUCAUUAUGUAUAAAUUAAGUGAAGGUUCAGAUCGGGAAAUGUUUAAUCAUCUGCACAUCACAGGACCCUGGAUACUUACUCUAAGAUUAGUUUAAUGGUGGUAGUUAUUUGAAUAAAUUCUAAUAUAAAAGUAAAACAUUGCUCCACUGUUUAGCCCUGAUUAAAGAACUGGAGGUUUAUGAAGUUUGGUAGAAAUCUGGAGAGCUGGAGGCUUUCAGUGGGAACUAUCGGGAAGAUUGUGAGAAUAAAGGGAACUUGACAUUUGAUGAGCUUUUAAAGGUGAUGGUGACGAGUUUAACUCCUUCGCAGCCAGUAAGUGGUUCACUCAUGCUUGUCUCUCUCCACAUUCUGUAAUUUUGUAAGCUAGGCUCACUAAUACUAACCAAACCAAACAUUUAUUUACCUUUAGAAGAAACUGUUUUUUUGGGGUGGGGCAUUUUAUGCAUCAUUUUGACUAGAGCAGAUUACGUACUCCUAUGUAUGUACAAAAGAGUAUGUACUACAUAAACAGAGGGAUACUCCUAUGUAUGUAGGAGGGAUACAUACCUAUAUAUGUAUCCCUCCUACAUACUGUAUACUAUAUAUUAUUAGUUAAACAUCUAAUAACCUACUGUACUGUAACCUUUCUGGGCACUGUUGUGGAGGCCACGCCCCCUAAAUGCUUCCUCUUUCACAUGAAAGGGUACUUCCUGGAAUCCCACACUAUUGAAGCCACUACCCUUAGCCUGCGGACUAAAUGAAGGAAACAUGAAAUGUUGAUGAAAUUUUUAAUUUAUAAAAACAUACACCUGCUUGUAAUGAAAGCAAAUAUCCCUGCUUGUGUUUGGUUAUAGCACUAUUUGUCGGAAUGGCCUCCAGUUCCCAGUUGUUUUCCAUUUGGUAAUUCUCUAAUUACCAAUGAAAGUGUUUUUUUGCAGGAAUGAAAAUACGCUUUAAUGUUUCCAGAUGUUAAUUUAAAUUUCCACCUGUUUGCAAAUUUAGAGACAACAUUCCUCAACAGAUGGUGUUAUGUAAAGUGUGAUUUCUCAGCUGUUAAAGUUAAAAGGUCAUGUAAAUUCUCUGACAGGAUUUUUGCCUUUAUGUUCUAUUUAGAUAUUUAAAUGUAUACAUUCCUUUUAAUGACCAUUUUCUUAUUUAGAGAAAGGCCUUGGUGGGGUUCCUCUCCAUUCUUGUGUUUGUAGCUUCAGAUGAAGUAUUCAGACAUUUUAACAAUAGGACACAACUUUAAGGCAGUAUUGCAAGGGAGGAAAAUACUCUGUUGGAAGAUCUUUAAAAAAAAUUAUCUUGGUACUUUAAUCUCUACCAGGUCCUUCAUAUUAGAAUUUGUGUUUUAAUUGAUGUUUGGUCAGAAUACAAGGAUGAUAGUGGUUAUAUCAGUCACUUAAAAUUUUCUGUUUGAUUAUACACUUAGAACUAUUUUACUUAUGGUUAUUAAAGCCUCAAACUUCAUUGUGUUGUUUUUCCACUAUUUUGCGUGAUAAACAUAAAAAGUGGUGUGUAAUCAUUUAGUCAGAGUGUGAGGGUUCAAGGGGUAGGAAUAUUUUUCAAGACCAAAUACCUUACAGAAGGAAACCUGUUCUAAGUGACCGUUUUUGUUCCCAGCCUUAAUUAUAUCGCUAUGCUCCGUAUUCUUGGUUUUGAAGGUGAAGUGAAGUCUUGCUGUUUCUGCUAGGGCUGCAAAAUAUUAGAAAUGAAUCCAGUAGUAUCUGUCAUCAAUCUGAUUCCAAUUCCCUCAGUAAGACUCAGUAUUCUGGGCAGGGAGACUAAAACCAUGUAGGACUGCCACACCAGAAUUCAUUGGACGUCUAGUAUAACAACCUGGCAGUUAUUUACCAUCCCUAAUCAUGUGUAUUUUCAUUUUUUGGAGGCAACACUGCAAUUAGUCAAUUUAAAAGCAGGAAUGGCAGUUUAAGGGUGGAAAGAUGCACAGUAAUCGGCAAAGGUUGGGAAUCAAACUUGUGACAUCUGUGUUGAGAACCUCCACUCUAAAUCUUCCCCUGAGCUACAUGGUUCCCUGCAGCCCUAAUUAAUGCAAACAGUUUGCUAGUUACAUGUAUUAAGCUUUUCUUUAAUCCAUUAUUGUUUUUUUUUUUCAGGUCUUUUAGCUAGAUGUCAUUGCUGGGAUAUAAAAUUAUUUAGAAGCAUACCUGGGAUUUUUCCUGUUUUGCCAAAAAAACUCCCACAGUAAUAACCAACCAGGUGGAUGAACCGUAUGUUAUGUGAGAUUUUACUGCAUGCUGCCUUUAUAGAUUUCCAUUUUGCUGCCUGUUUUUUUUUUUCUUUGAUACAAAUGACAUGAAAUUAGUCAGAGACUUCUUGUUUUUGUAUUGUUACUCAUCAAUGUGGCUUGUUUUUCUGCACUAUUGAUUGCACUGAAGACUAGACUUUGUUGACCCUUUGAUCACUCUUGGUUUGCAAAGAACACUGGAUACAAUCACUGCUUUCAUUCCAUAAUCACUGCAUUGUCCCUGAAACGAAGGUACAUAUUGAUCUAUGUGAAGCAAAACUACUUUUUUACAUUAGGCAGCUAACUGGAGUUGGGUUUAUAAUAUAUAUUGCUAGCCUACAGAAUAAUCUGUUGUAAAAUUGUUUAAAAAAAAAGGUAAUGUGUGGCUCAUCGAGGUGUUUAUCAACUGAUAACUAUCACUAAAUGAAGGUUUUACCCCCAAUGAACUAGACUAUUUUAAUAAUCUACACCUGAAGAUGUAUAAUAUAGAAUCACAGCUGGGUGAGGGUUUGAGAGACUGUUUGUGUGAAGAACUGAAUUUUUAUCCCCCACAUCUUUAAAGCUGUUAAAACCUUGUGAAGUUUCUUUUGGAGCAUCAUGGAAGAGAAGAUAUCACCAGCUGUAAAUGUUAUCAUAAACCACUCAGUGUUUCCAUCAGUUAACAUCAGAUUCAUUGAUUGACCCACUUAUUUAUCCGUUUAUUUAGAGUGUAUAAUGAAUAGCAUUUACGUAAAAAGAAGCUGUACUGUAACCUGUCUGUUUCUAAUGGUCUUUAUGGUGCCAUUUCUUUUUUAUUACUGUAAGAAAUUUGGAUCAUAGUUUUUUGUUUUUUUUUCCCACUGAUUUCCAUUUUUAUACUUUUUAUCAUCUGGAGUCUAAUGUGCUUGACUGCAGUGGUGGCAGUUACUGUUCUGCUUCCUACUGUCUUAUUUGUGUUUAAGCGUGUCUUUAUGGAAAACUGUAAAAAAAAAUGUUUUUUGAGCAAAGAUGAGGUCAGGAUUUCAAUAAAGUCAUAAC